AAACAAUCUUUACCUUUACCAACCCCCCUCUAAAGUUAUAAACACAGACAGGAAAGAAGACUACCUACGGUUUUCGAUUCAUUUCAUUCAUAUAUAACGAUAAACUUUUCAAGAAAAAUCUAAACGUAUUGUUUCAAAAAUGAUGAUGCAUAAAACAGUUUUGCAAAGAAUGGGCAUGAAGACCUGCAUGCCUCGCCCUUUCUCCACUAGCUCUAGACUUAAUUAUAAGGUAGCUGUUUUGGGUGCCGGUGGUGGUAUCGGCCAACCUUUGUCCAUGCUUUUAAAGACAAACACAAAGGUCUCUGAAUUGGCUCUUUUUGAUAUUAAGGGUGGUCCUGGUGUUGCCGCCGAUAUUGGCCAUAUCAAUACCUCUUCCAAGGUCAAUGGAUUUUCUCCCGAUGACAAGGGUCUUGAAAAGGCUUUGAAGGGGGCUGAUUUGGUUGUCAUUCCCGCUGGUGUUCCUCGUAAGCCCGGUAUGACCCGUGAUGACUUGUUCAAGACCAAUGCCUCUAUUGUUCGCGACUUGGCUUUUGCUGCUGGUGAAACUGCUCCUAAUGCCAAGUAUCUUGUCGUAACCAACCCCGUCAAUUCCACUGUCCCUAUCUUCAAGAAGGCUUUGGCUCGUGUUGGCGUUCAUCAACCUAAGCACUUGUUUGGUGUCACCACUUUGGACUCUGUCCGUGCUAGCCGUUUUGCUUCUCAGGCCACCAAUGGUGUCGCUGAGACUCUCCGUAUUCCCGUCGUCGGUGGUCACUCCGGUGCCACUAUCGUCCCCCUCUUGUCUCAGGGUGGUGUUGAAUUGACUGGUGCUGACCGCGACAACCUCGUUCACCGUAUUCAAUUCGGUGGUGAUGAAGUUGUUAAGGCUAAGGCUGGUGCCGGAAGUGCCACCUUGUCUAUGGCUUACGCCGGAGCCCGUAUGGCCUCCUCUGUCAUCCGUGCCUUGGAUGGUGAAUCUGGUGUUGAGGAAUGCACCUUUGUCGAGUCUCCCUUGUUCAAGGAUCAAGGUAUUGAUUACUUCUCCUCUCGCGUCACUUUGGGUAAGGAUGGUGUUGAGACUAUCCACCCCGUUGGCCCCAUCAAUGAAUACGAAGAAGGUCUUCUCAAGGUUGCUCUUGCUGACUUGAAGAAGAGCAUUGAAAAGGGUGAACAUUUCGUUGCAUAAACUACGUUAGCGAACUUUUCGCAUGCUUUUCCAAUCGUUCUUUAGUCUUAACGCAAUUUGUUAAUGAUAUCUAUGCCUAGAUGAAAUUAUUUUAUUACUAUUAUUAUUAUUGUUUUUUGUAUUCCAAAAAUGUAAUCUUACUCUUAUUUUCAUGGCUUUCAAUGUUGCCUGUACUGUAAAUGCCAACAUACC